AUACAUUCUGAAUAUUUUCAAAGUGCCUUUUCAAAAGGCUGGAGUCAAAAGAUAGAAGAUGAAUAUUUUGUUAUAGAAAAGCCAAAUGCCACACCCGAUUCUAUGAAUAUUAUUAUUAGGCUUCUUUAUGGCGGUGUAGACUUCAAUACAUCUCAUGACAUAAGAACACUUUUGAAUAUGUUUUGCUCGCGGAUGAAAUGGACAUCAUG